AUGUCAUUUAACUAUUAUGUUGGUAGAGAUAAUAAGUAUUAGUGCUUACAAAACUAAUAGUAAAGUGCCUAUGGAUUACUAAAUUGCUAUGAUUCUACUUAUAUAUGCAAAACAAGUAAUCUUUUGAUCUGUGUUUACUAUUUAGGUGAUUCUACAUAUUUAGGAAAAAUUUCUAGUACAGGAAUUUGUGCAUAAAUUGGUGCUAAAAUAUCAACGAGCGAUUUUUAAAGUAUUAUCAACUUGAAUCUAAAUUAUUGUUAAGAUGAUUCGUACACAAUUUAGCUUAUACUUCCUGUAUAUGCAGGAAGAGAUUAGUAAUAUUCAAGAUGCCUAAAAGCUGAUUAAACAUCAUACCAAAACGUUGAAUUAUGUGCAAAUGAUUACUGUAUUGCAAAUAAUAGUUGCAAAACAAUUGGAUUUGACGGAGUAUUAAUAGCUAAAUUAUAAAACGGUUAUUGUGCUUAAGCUUAACAACCUGGCUCUAUAUAAUGCGCCAUCAAAAUUUAUAACUACUGCUUAAAAAAUGGCACAUGCAAUUUGUUAUCUAGUUCAGAUACAAAUUUUUCGGGAGUUGACAUAAAUGGAAACUGUUUAUCUAGGAAUUAAUCUGUUUCUAUAGGUGUAUUGAAGUGUGCAUAUUAACAUUGCAAAUAUUCAACUUAACCUUAAUAAUUUGGGUGCUUUCUUUUAGAUGGUAAACCAGGAUUUGCUGGAUCUGAUUCUUCAUAAAAUUGCUUAGAUUAUAAUAAUGGAUUUGCUAAACAAUGUGCUUAAUUGCCAAUUGUUUGUUUUGAUGGUAUUAAAUUAGUAUGUUAAUAAACUGUGGAUUAUGGAUCAGUUGGUAAUGGAUGUUCUUAAGGCGGUAAUUGUUAAUAAAUGUCAUCUAUAUUUAUUGGUAGAGAUACUAAUUAUAAAUGCUUUUAUUAAGAUUAAACUCCUUAAAGUGGUACUGUUGAUAAAUGUUUUAAUGAUACCUAAACUAUUUGCUUAACAAGUGACAAGAAAUAAUGUAUCUUGUAUGCUAAAUCUUCAUAGUAUUUAGGGUGUAUUCAAAGUACUGGAAUUUGUGCUUAAUUAGGUUAACAAACUUCCAAUUGGGCUCUUUAAAUUAUUGUUAAUUUGAACAAAGGAUAUUGCUAAGAUAACUAAUUUAGAAUUUAAUAAUUGUUACCUCCAUAUGUUGGAAGAGAUUCAGUAAACUAAUUAUGCCUCUAAGAAACAACAUAGUCCUCAUAAAUUGAAUUUUGUGUUUAAGGAUAUUGUAUUGCAAAUAAUAAAUGCUAACCUGUUGGUUUUGAUAAAAAACUUAUUGCUAAACUUUCAAAUUAACAAUGUGGUUUAGAUUAAACAUCCACAGCAAUAGAAUGUGCUUAUUAAAGUUUGGAUGGAUAAGAUAAUAACGGAAAUUGCUUGUAAAGAGGCUAAAUAACAUAUAGUAUGAGAAAAUGUUAAUAAGACCAUUGCAAAUAUUAUUAUAAGUAUUCAUAAUAUAAUUCCUGCGUAUAUUUAGAUGGGUCAUACUAUAAAGUUGGAAUAACAGCAGAUGGAUUUUGCUUAAGUUUAAACGAAUAUCCAGCAAUAAGAUGUACUGAUUAGGUUAAUUAUAUAUGCUAUGAUAAGGACUCAUAGACAUGCAUAUAAAUCAAUAUAUCAUCUAGAAAUAAUUAUUGCAAAUAUUAAGGAACUUGCUAUUAAAUGUAUUCGAGUUAUUGGUCGUUUAUUGGUAGAGAUACAAAUUUUAAUUGUUUAUCUUCAGGAUAAAUCCCAAGCACAGGAUUAGUUUAGAAUUGUUUUAAUGAUCCUUAAAACAUAUGUUAAAAAAACGAUUAAUCAUAAUGCAUAUAUUAUCCUUUUUAUUCGAGCUACUUAGGUUUUAUAAAUUCGUCAGGUUUUUGUGCAUAACCAGACUAAGCAACUUCUUCUUAAUAAAAAUAAUUUUAAAUUAUCACUAAUUUGGAUAGAAAUUACUGCUAGGAUGAUAAUUUUAUAAUUAGGAAGAUAUAAACUCCUUAUGCUGGUAGAGAAGUGUAAUAUUAAAGGUGUCUAAAAGCUGACACUCUUCCAAAUUAACAAAUAGAUUUUUGCUCUUAAGGUUAUUGCAUUUCGAGUAAUUAAUGCAAGAAAAUAGGUUUUGAUGGCAAAUUAAUAUCAAAACUAGAAAAUGGAAAGUGUGCUAUUGAUCGAUAAUAUCGUGCAAUUGAAUGCGCGUAUGAAACUUUAGAUACAUGUUUAUAUUAAGGUAUGUGUUAUUGGUUAACUGAGUAAGACACCUUUGCAUCAGGAGUGGAUAAAUAUGGUGACUGUUUAGAAAGGGGUUACAUCUCAUCAUACUUUAAGAAAUGUUAAUCAAAUCACUGUUUUAAAAUUUAUCCCAAAUAUUUUUGGUACGGUGAUGAUGGAAUAGGAUGCUUUCUUCUAGAUGGAUCUUAGGGUUAGGCAGGUAUAACUUCUACUGGAUAAUGUUUAGCUAUCAAUACUUCUUUUGCUUAGAGAUGUACAAAUAAAACCAAUUCAAUUUGUUAUGAUUCUGCUUCUCAAAAAUGUUAAAUUACAAUAGAUUAUGGGUCUAUAGGAAACGGUUGUAUUUUUAAUAGUUAAUGUUAUUAAUUUUCAAUUCAAUAAUACAUUGGAAGAGAUAUAUAGCUUUAAUGCUUGGUAAAUAACUAGAUAACGAGUUAAGUAGAUACUUGCUUUAAUGAUGCUAAUAAUGUUUGCCUUAGUAAAAAUAAUAGCCAACAGUUAUGUGCAUUAUAUAUACAGUCCUAAAAGUACUUAGGAUAUAUUUCAGAAAAUAAAAUGUGCGCUAUUUAAGACAAUAUUGCAUAUUAAUAGGGUUAUCUCGCAAAUUUAUUAAACUUAAAAUCUAACUUUUGCUAAGAUGCUAAUGGAAUUAUCCGAGCCUUAAAUAAUACUAUAUAUGUUGGAGUAAGUAACCAAAAUUACAAAUGUUUAACUGUAAACUAAAACUCUACUAGCAAUAUUAUUUAAUGUUAUAUAGGAUUUUGUAUGAAUGUAAAUUUUUGUUAAGCUUAUGAUGAUACAUAUAUUGGAAAAGCAAGUAACUAAACCUGUCUAAAAGUUGGAUAACCUUAAAGUAUUGAAUGUGCAGUAAAUUAUUGUAUAGAGCCAAAUACAUAAAGCUGUUAGCUAAUAAAUGAUAAUGACCCAAAUUUUGCUGGUGUUUAGGCAAAUUAUAAAUGUGCAGUUUUUGGUCAAUAUUAUUAAUAAAUGUUGUAAUGCUCAAGCAAAUAUUGCAUUGAUUAUUAAGUUCCAGGUGAUCCUACCACUUAAUCAGGAUGCUUUCUUUGGGAUGCAUCUAUAAACAGAAUAGGGAUAGAUAAAAAUGGAUAUUGCACUUAUUAGGACUAACCAAACGCAAUCAAAUGUAUAUCAGGAUAGUUUUGCUUAAAUACUCGUUUUAGAAAUUCAUGCCAGUCUCUGUUAUUAUCAUUUGAUUAAAAUAGAUUUGCAAGAGAAAGAUUAACUGGUAAAUGCCUUCCUUAUUUAGAUCCAAAAUAAGAAGGAGGUGAUAUUGAAACUUGCGUAGAUGGUAGUUGCUUUUACACAGAUCAAAUUUCAAAGAAAAAUUUCUGUCUUUCUUUGGGUAUCUAUGCUAAGGAAGAUUUUAUCGUUGGAAUCGAUAUUUUAGGUUAGUGUUUAAAAAAGGACCAAAUAACGAAAAUUCUAAUAAAAUCUUGUUUAGGCUUAACAUAUUGUGCUCUUGAUAUUGGAUAGGGGAAUUACAAAUGUCAAAAGCUUCAGUUAAGUGACAAUACAUAUCAAAAUCAAGCUUAUUAAGCAAAAAAUGUUAACUAAACUUGUUAAGGUCUUAACGAAGAAAAUAGUAUUGGAUGUUUAGAUGGUUUAUAUUGUAUCAAUUAAUAAACCAAUAAUAAAUGUGAAGUAAUGGAUUCUAAUGACCCAAAUAAAAUAGGCAGAAAUUUUUUUAACCAAUAAUGUCUUCCAUAAGGAGCUUAAGUUGCUAUAAUUUGCCAGUAGCAAUAUUGUAUUUCUUCUGGAGCAUGUGUACCUCUAUCAGAUAGAAAUCCAGGCUAAGAAAAAUAAACUUAAAAAUGUUUGUAAGAAUAAUCAUAAGGUUAAUAUGGAGCCUCUAAUUGUUAUAAAAAUGGGUAAUAUUAUUGCAAAUCAUUUGUUCGUAAAUAAUAUACUUGA